AUGUUGAACCAAAGAAAACCAAACACUAAGCAGAUCUGGCGAGUAUGGAUCUUCUACAUGGCCAUAAGUGCAAAUCGCUCUGAAGAAAAAGCCAUGACGCAGGUGUGUCCUUCAUGGGAUGCCACUCAUUUCUGUGACUGUUCUUCAAUGGAUUUGAGCACCAUUCCUUCAGGUUUAACAACUGAUGUCACGGGGCUAAAUCUGUCCUACAACAGCAUAGACCAUGUCAGAGAAACUGAUCUGAAGCUGGGUGUGAAUCUGAGAGUGCUGCUGCUGCAAUCCAAUCAAAUUAGGACAAUAGAUAAGGAUUCAUUUAUUUUCCUUGGAAAAUUGGAACAUUUGGAUUUAUCAAAUAAUAAGUUGACUCACUUGUCACCCAUUUGGUUUAGACAUCUUUUUUCCUUACAGCAACUAAAAAUACAGGGUAAUUUAUAUACAACACUGGGGGAGAAUCCCUUGUUUUCUAAUCUCAAAAAUUUGAGAUAUCUGCACCUGGGGAAUAACCAUUCCUUUUCUGCUAUACGGAAGCAAGUCUUUGAUGGAAUUACAGUUCUUGAGCAACUUGAGAUUGACGGUCAAAGGCUCAGGCAAUACGAGUCAGGGAGUUUGACAACAGUUAACAGCAUAAAUCAUAUCAUCAUAAACAUAAAUGAUGUUCAGGUGUUAUCAGUGAUGUUAGAGGAUCUUAUAAAUUCUGCAAUAUGUGUAGAACUGAGAAAUAUAGCCUUCAAUACAGCUAAUGAAUCUUCAUUACUGGAGCCAAUGAGUCGUUCUGUCAUGGAGAAACUUGUGUUAAAAAAUGUUUUGUUUACAGAUGCAAGUGUUAUCAGAGUGUUAAACAUCUUGAGGCAUGCUAAACAAUUGUUGGAGCUGGAAGUGGAUGAUUCUGUACUACGGGGAACUGGAAAAUGGCAUGGGCAAAUUGAAGUAAAUGGAGAAAGCGCCACUGAAGUAAUCACAGUACAGAGAUUAGCUAUAGAACAAUUUUAUUUGUUUUCAGAUCUUAGUGGUGUGGAAAAUCUUCUAGGUAACAUUACCAAAACCACAGUUAUAAAUACCAAUGUGUUCUUGGUGCCUUGCAGCAUUUCAAAACAUUUUUCCUCACUCCUUUAUCUUGAUCUCAGUGAAAAUUUGCUUGCAGAUCCAACUUUAGAACAUUCAUCCUGUGAUGGUGCAUGGCCCUUGCUGCAAACUUUCAAUUUAAGUCAAAAUUCAUUGGAUGAUUUAGAAAUGACAGGGCGAAGUCUAUCUCAUCUAAAACACCUUACUCACCUAGAUAUUAGCCGAAACAAUUUUGGUGAGAUUCCAGAAUCGUGUCAAUGGCCAGAAAACCUGAAAUAUUUAAAUAUCUCAGGCACUCAAAUACCCAAAUUAACAACGUGCAUUCCUCAAACUCUUGAAGUUUUGGAUGUUAGUAGUAAUAACCUCGAUGAUUUUAGAUUAAAGCUACCACGUCUCAAAGAGCUCUAUGUUUCAAAAAACAAAUUAAAGACCUUGCCAGAUGCUCCAUUUAUUCCUAACUUAGUAGCCCUGAGAAUCAGCAGAAACAAAUUAACCAGUUUCUCGAAGGAAGAGUUUGGAUCAUUUAGGAAAAUGGAGACACUGGAUGCAGGUGACAAUAAUUUCAUCUGCUCUUGUGAAUUUCUCUCCUUCAUUCAAUAUCAGGAGGGAAUAGCUAAUGUCUUGGCUAACUGGCCAGAGAAUUACAUCUGUGACUCUCCGUCCUCUGUGAGAGGGCAGCAGGUAAAAGCUGCUCGGCUUUCGCUGUUUGAAUGUCACAGAACUUUGGCCGUGUCCUUAAUUUGCAUUCUGGUGGUCUUGGUAAUCCUGCUUAUUGUGAUCCUGGGCUACAAACUUCAUGUGAUCUGGUACAUGAAAAUGACCUGGGCUUGGCUUCAAGCAAAAAGGAAACCCAAGAAAUCACACAAUCAUGACUUCUGCUAUGAUGCUUUUGUUUCCUACAGUGAAAGAGACUCCGAAUGGGUUGAAAACUUAAUGGUACAGGAACUUGAGAACGCUAUCCCCCCAUUUAAACUGUGCCUUCAUAAACGGGACUUUGUGCCUGGAAAGUGGAUCAUUGACAACAUCAUUGACUCCAUUGAAAAAAGUCAUAAAACUCUGUUUGUGCUGUCAGAGCACUUUGUGCAGAGCGAGUGGUGUAAGUAUGAGCUGGAGUUCUCGCACUUCCGUCUCUUUGAUGAGCAUAAUGAUGCAGCAAUUUUGAUCCUUUUGGAGCCCAUUCAGGAGCAAACAAUUCCCAAAAGAUUCUGUAAACUGAGGAAAAUAAUGAACACAAAGACCUACCUUGAAUGGCCUCUUGACGAAAAUCAGCAGCAAAUAUUUUGGAAUAACUUGAAAACAGCAUUAAAAUCCUAUGAUGUCAUUUAA